GCGGCUCGCACGGAUGCGGGUUGCGGGCCCGCCCUGCUUGCAAGCAUAGUUGGAGUGCCAAAACCCUGCACCUCCUGCCGGCUUUGAUCAUUUACUACUAAGUUAUCUUGCAUCUAUAAUCUAUUUUAUCCACGGUCAUCAGCUGACAGCAGGUACUGAUCCCACACGUUGCUUCAGAUCCACUCUUAUGGGGCUGCCUCCAUAUAGCAUCCUUGCAUUUUUCUGCCUUCCCCUCAGUGUGGAUCUUAAGCACUCACUGUCUGUACUCUGCACAGUCCGUUUCUGCCACCACUGCACUUUCACGCUCCUUCCACACACGAGGCCCCCCCAAUGCCCGAGUCACCGGCAUCGCCGGCCCAGCCCCCCUCGCAGCCGGGAUCGCCGCUCGAUGCCGCCAUUUCGUCCCCGGUGCCGGCACUGCUGCGAGGGUCCGUGCUGCUCCUCGCCUUCCUCGUCCUCCAGCUCGUGCUCUUCUGGUCCCUCCUCGGCUACCCCGCCAGCUCCCGCUUCCUCCCGGCGCCGGGCCGGAGGAACACCACCUGGCCCAACGGCGCGGUCGACGCCGGCGCGUGCGAGGCGGGGCUCGUCUAUGUCUACGACCUCCCGCCGGAGUUCAACCACGACCUCGUCGACGACUGCGAGAGCCUGUGGCCCUGGUACUCGUUCUGCCCCUACCUAACCAACGGCGGCUUCGGCGAGGCGGCGGCCACGCUGCCCGUCUUCUUCAACGUCACGCGGAACGUGUCGUUGCACAGCUGGUACAACACCGACCAGUUCCAGCUCGAGGUCAUCAUCCACCGACGCCUCCUCUCCCACCGGUGCCGCACCACCGACCCGUCGCAGGCCAUCUCGUUCUACGUGCCGUUCUACGUUGGCCUCGACGUCGGCAGCCAUCUGUGGGGGGAUAACUCCACCGCUGCCGACCGCGACAGGGCGGGCUUGCGGCUGCUCCGGUGGCUCAAGAACCAGACGUCGUUCCAGAGGUCCGGCGGGUGGGAUCACUUCAUCACGCUGGGGCGCAUCACGUGGGACUUCCGCCGGUACGGCGACGACGGGUGGGGCACCAACUUCGUGGUCCUGCCGGGGAUGGCCAACGUCACCCGCCUCGCCAUCGAGGCCGACACGCUGGACCCCAUGGACGUCGGCGUCCCGUACCCGACGGGUUUCCACCCCCGCGCCGCCGCCGACGUGCGCGCGUGGCAGCGGCACGUGCUCGCCCGCAAGCGCAGCAAGCUCUUCGGGUUCGCCGGUGCGCCGCGCUCCGGGUUCCGGGGCGACUUCCGGGGGGUGCUGCUGGAGGAGUGCGAGGACGCCGGGAGCGAGCGCUGCCGCGCCGUGGACUGCCGCGGCACGCGGUGCACCGACAACGGCGCGGCGGUGCUGGAGCUGUUCCUGGACUCGAGGUUCUGCCUGCAGCCGCGCGGGGACAGCUUCACCCGGCGCUCCAUGUUCGACUGCAUGGUGGCCGGCGCCGUGCCGGUGCUCUUCUGGCGGCGGACCUCGUACGACCAGUACCGGUGGUACCUGCCGCCGGGGCCGCGCGGCGACAAGGGGGAGUGGUCCGUGUUCAUCGACCGGCAGGCGCUGCGCGUGGGCAACGUGAGCGUGCGCGACGUGCUGGAGGGGAUCAGCGAGCGGCGGGUGCGGCGGAUGCAGGAGCGCGUGGUGGAGAUGAUCCCGCGGCUCGUGUACGCGUUCUCGCCCGACGGGCUCGGCGACGGCAUGGAGGACGCGCUGGAUGUGGCGCUGGGCGGCGUGCUGGAGCGGAUCCGACGGCGCUGGGGGAGCAUCGCGCGUGAAGAGCAUCCACCAGGCACAUUCGCUGCUCGGCGUGUCGGCGUCAAAUCGACGGCGGCGCCGCCUCAUUCUGACGGCCAAAAUGGAUCGGCGGCGGCGAUCGGUCGGGGCACCGCCGGCAAAAACCAAAUGCCCCCAGCUUCAUCGUACAUAAAAACCGUCACUUCCGAAGCAUCGGCAUCAAUAAGCAAGACCUUGCAGAAAUCUUGAACUACAGCCGAAGACCUUGAAGCGUCUAUUUUUAAAAUGCUUGAGGCAUCAUUUGAUUUCUGCUGCUUCUUGGAUCACGGAGAGCUCAACAAGCAUGGGCCGGGGUCAACAGUCGCAGAGAGUGAGAUCGAGGGACGGGGGAGCUGGUUCCUGUGGAACGGCUAGCCGGGGGUGCGCAGCUUGCUGUUAGCCCAGGCCCCAGGGUUUAAGAUAAUAGUCAGGGAGUUGUUUGGUUCGGGAGUGCUAAAUUUUAGUUAAAAUUUUUUGUCAUCUAGACGUAUUAAAUAAAGUAUAAUUAUAAAACUAAUUGUAGAACCUUUAGUCUAAUUCGCGAGACGAAUCUAAUAAGGUAUGGUAAUCCGUUAGCGGAUGGUUACCAUAACAUCACUGUUGCAAACUAUAAAUUAAUCAAACCAUAAAGUAGUUAGAGUCAUUAAAUUCAUCUUGCGAAUUAGCACUAUCGGUAAAAAAAAAUUUAUAAAUAGAUUUAUUUAAUAUUUUUAAGUAAUAAGAUUCUCUUUGACAUAAAGGAUUAAAAUUUAUCCUCGGAACCCACCAUUAGUAGCAUGUUGUUUACUGCUAGACUGGCGUGGUAGAUGCGUCGGUGUUAAUUGCAGUUGACCAAAGGGGUGGAUUCGCUGCAGGAUCUAGAAGGUGGGCCAUGGCCGGACUGAACGGCGAUGAAGUUUUGUAGGCCUGACACGAAUUCUGUUGAAAACUAUAUCUGGCAUAAAUUGUACACUGGUCAAUCCUCCUGGUGCUUAUGCAUUGUGAUUGUCAUGUAUCCCACAUUGGACAAUAUGCAUUCGUAU